UAUUCAUCAGUUUCCCUAAAACUCGUGUGCUCAUGCGCCGGGGAUACGGCAGGCCGUGUUGAACGUCUCUAUAACGACAGGCAGCUUGGAGAGGAUUAAACUUCUACUGUACACACAAAUACACACACACACACACACACACACACACACACACACACACAGGAAGUUGACUGAUAAAUAGUCUGCUUUAGGAACAGAAACGCUUCUGCUCUCCAUAAACGCAACAGAAAACAUAACAUUGUCUUACAGAGAGAGAGAGAGAGAGAGAGAGAGAGGGGGUUGGAGAGAGAGAUGAGCGUGGCUGUGAGCAGUAACACUCAGGUGGAAUAUGAGGACGACUUUGAGAAAGAUCUGGACUGGCUGAUCAGCGAGGAGGGCAAGGACGAAGAGCAGGAUGACGAGGACACUGAAGCCCAGCUAGACCACGAGCUGGAAGACGAGGAACGACGGAAGGAACUUGACGAAGGGCGGAGCCAAAUUUGCACGGACGACGACGGAGAUAACGAAAGAUGGCCGACGCCCAUGGACCCUUUGGAGGAUGCGUUCGACGUCGACGGCGAUUCUAAACAUGAGCAGGAUGAAGAACAGGUGGAAGAAGAGAAGAAAUUCAUCCAGCAGAAGAUCGAGCAGGCGAACAGGCAGCUGAAGGACCAGGAGGCGCCGGACGAGACACGUCGCCGCCGUCUGCACUUCAAAGACACCCUCGUGGACCUGGUGGUUCCCGCCAGCGACCUGGAGGACAGUCCGGCAGACGUCUCGGGCCACAUGCUGAAGUUGAAGAUCUCCUCUCGGGAGGAAAGCGGCGGAGGAGACGCACGCAGAGACGGCGCGAGAGAAGGACGAGUGCUGGUGGAGAAGGACGGGAAGUUUGAUCUAGUGAGUCUGAAAGAAAUGGAGAGUCCAGGACUGCUCCCGCCUCUCCCCGAGACUCAACGAGAACCCGGCAAGAGUCCGUCCUCCUCCCCGAAACUGCUCUCCAGCUCGGGUUCUUCGGCCUCAUCCGAGCCUCGCUAUGCGCCCAGGCCUCCAGCACGACCCCGGUCGCGUCCCAAUUCAGCGAGCAACACGCAGAGGGCGGUGUAUAGAUACGGCAGCAAGCGUAGGGUUCAGUCGGCCAGCGGGGUUUCAUCUCAUGCCACCUUUUCCCUCUCGCCGCAGCAGAAAGAGCUGCUGAACAAACAACAGCAGAUGAGAGAGAAACUCUCCAGAGAGGAGGAAGAGCGGAGACUUGAGGAGGAGGAGCAGAAGCGUCAGGAGAACGAGCUGGCGUUCAGGUCGUGGAUGAUGAAGAAGAGGCAGCAGCUGCGGCAGGAGAGGAGAGUGCAGAGAGCUCAGGAGAUGGAGAGGAUGAGCGGAAAGAGGGAGUGCUGUGAUGCAGAGGAAGCGUUUAAGCUCUGGCUGCAGAAGAAGCAGCAGCAGCAGCUGAAGGAGCGACAGCUGGAGGAGAUGAAGAAGCUCGAGAUGGAGGGUAGCAGCUACCUGCACCAACCUGAGGAGUGUGAGAAAGCCUUCAGACUGUGGUUGAGAAGGAAGCGGCUGGAGAAGCGGCUGGAGCAACAGGCUGCUCGAGAGCGCUCCCGCAGGCUGUUGAUGGAAGAACGACGCGCCAGACGCAUGAACGACCUCUACUACCCCGUCAACGAGAUCCAGUCCCUCCGAUUCAAACAGCCCUACAGCCAUCGCUUCUAAACUCUUCCCAAGUCCAUAAUCACCAUGGCUACCGCAUCUAAACUCUUCCCAAAUCCAUAAUCACCAUGGCUACCGCUUCUGAACUCCUCUCAAUUCCAUAAUCACCCCGGCUACCGCUCACGGAACUCGCAGUUCUAUAAUCACCAAGGCUGCCGUGACCGAGCUCCACUCAGUUCCAGGCUCCAUUUUACAGUGGAUCAAUAAAAUCUCAGUCACCAUGCUUACUGCUUUUGAGCUGUUCCCAACUCUAUAUUCAGCAUGUAUAACAUUACUAAAUUCCUCACAAUUUCCUAGUCACUAUGGCAACUAUUUCUAAGCCCUGCCCAUUCUCAGUAGUUAUUGUUGGCUUCCAUCUCUCAGCUUUACACAUACAACCCUGUAACAGUAUAUCCGAUAGUUUAGCCAGAAUUGAUAUUUUUAGCGUUGUACUACACAUUACACUGUAAAUUAUUUAUUAUUGAUGUUUGACAGAUAAGAGAUAAGUUUCAGAUUAUAUUUACAUUACAGUUUACUCAUCCUGUGUGGUGGGGAAAACUAUAUUAUAGGUGUAUGCUUAUCAUUAAACAAAACAGUAAGCAAUAUUUUCUGACAAAACGUCUUUGGCUUCAUGUUUAUAUCUAUUUUGUAAAAGUGGGAAAUAAAAACAUUAAAACGCGAUGGUAACGCCGUGAAAAACUUGCAUACCCCGCGCAUGCGCACAAAUGAUUUCUAUGCAUUGUGUUGGUAUGUUUACGGUAUACUUUAAAGGCAUUUUAAACAA